CCAAAAAAUUUACAAUUUUCAUGAAAUUUGUCGAUUUUCAACUUAUAAUUUAGCGUUUUACUGCUAUCAAAAGAUAUAAAUCCUGGUACCUAACGGUGCUUGAUGAUUGCCUGGUGGUAAAAAGUGCUCGUGCUGUGGUGACGAUCGUAUUAGCUUUUUGGUGGAAGGAUUCCAGACUAUUGGUAGAAGGAUUGUGAUUCCAAAAGAGCUUCUGUCGGGAGAAGCAUGUAAAAAUGGCAGAAAUCGAGAUAUCGGAUAUCUGCUACACAGCCGACAGUUUGGAGGGCGUUGUACAGGAGAUGGAUACUCAGAGUGACCAAACUGCUGCAGAUAUCAUAAGUAGUGAUGCUAAUUGCGUCAUUGUUGGGACUGCUGUCGACUCCUCAGAGACUGUAGUUUCAACGUCCAGUCAAAAUUACGCAAUUGAAGGCUUCAUUGACUCUUCCGUUGCAAUUGAGCACGUUAGUGAUGUUCCUGUGAAGUAUGAGUUGCCAGAUGAUGGCACCAUCAGUGGACCCCAGUUUGCGAUAUUUGAGGGCACCCCAGAGGCUACAGUUACUACCAGUAUUGCACAGCAAGCUCAUACAGCCUAUUCCUUAGAUAACUUUACCGAUUCUGGGGUCAAGGUUGAGCCCGUUGACCACAAUGGACCCGUUCAGAUCUUCAAGGAAGAACCUGAUAUGAGCAAUCCUGUCUUUAGUGGUAAAAUUGAAGUGGGCCUAGAUGAGAAUGCUCCACAUACGGUCACCAACGGACGGUUUCAAGCCAUACCUGUUACAGCCAUAUCUUCUAUGGGUGGACAUUUUGAGGUAAUGGACAGUAAUGCUGUUACUGGGGAAGAGUUUGGUGUCAUACAGACUUCAGAGCCGAGCACAAUCACUGAGGAACAAUUCAGAGCAAUGUUGCCAGAAGUUGUAAAUCCAGCGUCUAGUGUAGCCAGUGAAGGACAAUUUGCUGGCACGGAGGAUCCAGGAUCCAGGUCAGCUGUAGUUGAGAAUCCUGUCGAAAAGGGAAAUGGUGAAGAAUUUAUAGUUGUGACAAGUACUGCGGGCAAUUUAAAUCCUGAGGUGGUUGAAAGUGCUAACGGGCAAAUGAUUUCUGCUGAGCAGUUUGCAGCAGUCACAAGUGCCAGUACUCUUCCUGUGGACGAUGGUCAGUUUCACGUCAUUUCUGGUGAGCAGCUGGAGUCGAUGCAGCAAGCAGCCAGCGAGGAGCAGAUUACCACGCUCUCCACUCCAGAAGGUCUCAUUAAUGUUGUUCAGUCGUUGGGUGACGUCCAGUCAGUCGGUGACGGACAAUUUACGUUAGUCACUCCGGAUGGGUUAUUAUCCGUCGUAAAUCCCGACAGUGAACAAACCGUUCCGACAGAUGGACCCAUCAAUCUCACGACAGAGAAUGGUAUACAGUACGCGAUCUUAUCAACCCCUGAAGGACUGGUCAAAGUUGCUUUGAAUGCACCGGAGGGAAUUGCUGCUGGUGUGCUCGUUGCCGAUGAAAAUGGUCAACUUGUUCUGCAGAAUGUUGCAGGCGAUUUGGACACUGGUGGAGAAAAUGCAUUCAUACAGUUGCCAGUUCAGUAUGCGGACCAGCACGACCAAGCCUUGCUGCAGGCCAAUGGGUUAGUGGUUGAGGAAACUGCGACGACGUCUGGGGGUCAGUUGCCCGUGACGAGCAUGUAUGCGGAGGCCGUGAGUGCAGGGACUGCUGCAUCGUCGACAGGGGAGGCACUGGAGCAGCCACAACCACAGAUCGAGCCGGAAUGCUUUGAAAUAUAUGUUGAGGGUAACCAAGAGCACGUCAUCUCCAACCCUCAAGAAGCAGGGAUGGUCGAGGUGGUCUCCUACACUACAGAGACGGCAAAGGAGGUGGGCCAGCCUGGUCCAGCUGGUUACGCUCUCGAUGUGACGGGUGAUUCUGGGUCUGAGCCAGAGUUUGUAAGCGUUGAGCCUCCGUCCAUCAAGGCAUUUGAUCAAAAUGCUUGCGUCCUCUGUGGAAAGAAAUUCCCUCUAAAGGAGGACCUCACCCUCCAUCUUCGCCUCCACGCGAAAGAAUCGGUCAAAACGUACGACUGCAGGUCAUGUGACGCCAAGUUCUCGCGCUGUUGGCUGCUACGAAAACAUAUUCAGUCGAAGCAUCCAGGUGGCGUUGAUUCGAAGGCGUUCUGCGCGGAAUGUGGUGAGGUGUUUGAAACGAAGGACAGGUUGUGCUCUCACAUGUGGAAACUGCAUAAAAGACGCAAUGCGUUCCCAUGUACUUGUUUAGAUGAAGAAUUCAAUACGUCAUUCUACCUCAAGCGACACGAGGGGUCAAAAUACUGCGCUAGCGAUGCCUUUUUCUGUAACAGUUGCAAUGAUGGGUUUGAAUCCAAAGAUGCGUUGAGCGCACACAUGGAUGAGGCUGAUGACCGAUUAGACCGGUCUGACAUCAGUCACGAACUCCACAUUUGCCAUUUCUGUCGACGUGGGUUCACAAAUGCUCGGGCCUUGACGAAGCACGUGGAGUCCCACAAGGAAUCGGAGCAGGUAGUAGGUCUGACUUGCCACAAGUGCGGUGACCACUUCCAUGACCAUUCAGCGCUGACCGAGCACACACUGCGGACUCAUGUCAAACGGAAACCCGCACCUGUCCCGAUUCCUGAUACUUACGAGGCUGAAUACAUGGAAAAUGACACUGGGAGUCAUGCCUGUAACAUUUGUGGGGCGAGAUUCGAAGUGUCGCGCAACCUCAUGGAGCACUUAGAUGCCCAUAUCAUUGGCAUCAUAGACAGAGCUGGCAGGCGGGUAAAGUCGCCCCCCAUGUUCACAACGAGCACUGGACCGAAACAAUGUCCAUAUUGCAAAAAACUGUGCCACACGUUGAAGCGUUUCAAUAAUCAUUAUUGUGUCCGCCCGGGUACGGAUGGACACUAUCCGUGUCAGUACUGUACAAAGAUCUUCACUAGUUUGAGUUCGGUUUAUAGUCAUUUAGCCUGGCAUCGGCGGGAGGAACAUCAGAUGAUCGCCCCUGGCUCGGAGUAUCCAAUUGAGGAAAGUGACAAUGAAAGUAGCUCAGGCAGUAGCAGCGAGUCUGAGGAAGAGGCCAGCAGCGCGGGUGCGGCCGACACCAUGUUCUACACAAAUAAGAGAGGGGACUGUAAAUGUAAAGUUUGUGGUCAUAAAUUCAGGAACACGUCGAGUUUACAGGUUCAUAUGGCAACGCAUGAAAAUGUCACAAAGCGGCAGCGAAAUAAAGAGGAAGAAGCGUUUACGAAAAAACGACGAAGAGAAAAGGGGAUCAAUGAAUGCGAUUACUGUGAUCGCACAUUCUCAACUGUGGCUAGUUUGAAUGCCCAUAUUGCAUCGCACAAAAAGAGCAACGUUACUUCAGGAAAGAAGGGGUCCCCUGGUUCCAGUCGGUCUCGAAGUGUGAGUAAGAAAUUGUACCGGAAGGACAACAGUAUCUACAAAUGCAGAGUCUGCGACAAAGUCUUCGUGAAAUUUUUGAGUUUAUGCGACCAUUUGACGACGCAUGAGGAUGAUCAAGAUAUUGGGUCGAAUUCUGAAUCUGAAUCAGAUGGUAUGGUCAUUGAUUUCGACUCCGCUCUGUCGAAUUUUGAAAAGAGAGAGAAGAGUUUUGCACGGACUGAGAAAGUGACGUAUGUGAGGCGCUCUCCCGUACCGAGGGAGGCCUUCCACGAGUGCGACAUUUGCGGCAAAGUUUACUCGCGUCUUCGUAGUUUGGCGAGUCAUAAAAAAAUGCACGGCAACAACGCGGAUUUGUUCGCCUGUGUUAAAUGUGGAGCUAAAUUCUCGGCGCAAGAAGCAUUGCUUGUACACAAGCAGAGUUGCCGUUAUGAGAAGCAGUCGUGCUCCUGUGUGAAAUGUGGCGGCAAGUUUCAGAAUUUCGGAAAACUGAAAGAUCAUUUGCCAGUUUGUCUUGGCAAUGUUAGUUAAAUUUUCUCUGUCAUGUACUCUGAAAGGAGACUUUGUGUUGUACACAAAUAUCUUAAAUAGUUGAUGCAGUGUAGGUUGAUCCUGGCCAUGAAUCUAACAGGGAUGAAACAUGUUUCGGAAGAAUUUCCGAUUUUUCCCCUCCUGAAAACGCCUUAACAUAGUGGCACAGUCAAGAAGAGAAGUGCAAAGUCCUGUGUUUUUUUUGUAAGAAAUAUUUUGUUGCAAUUCAUGACUUGCGACAAUGUAGGAUAACACUCUCCGGUUGGUCCCACAUUGAGACUUAUUUCAACAAAUGUUACAGACCCUUAAUGUUUGGUUAACACAGUUCCAGUGGUUGUCACUUGCCACGUGUCGCUUAUGUAUGUAAGAAGAAAGGUCAUUUCCAAAGAGUGGGCUUAAAAGGAUUCAUAUUUUCACGAUCUGAAUCAGCUUGCCUUCAAAAACUUUUAAGAAUCAUCAAAUGUUCAUAUGUACAUUUGUAAUUAGUUCGUUUGUUUACAAUGCAUUUAUUGUGUGAGUUGAGUUGACGAAGUUGUCACUGUUCCCUGGUAUUGUUAUGAGUUACUGUGGUUGGCAAUGAAAAGACCAUGGCUACUGGCCGUCUAUAGGUUAAAAUCACCAUUCUAUGGUGGAAUGCUUUUGCAUGCAAGUACCGCAUCUGACGAUGCGAUGAUGUUGUCAUGUGCAAUUGAGUGCGUCACUGCAUGCUUUAAGUCAUGACGGACUAGACCACUGAUGCAGUCAAUUGUAGCCUCAGAAAUUGUCACUAAAAUUGUUCAUAGCGAUGUGUUUCUAAAGUUAAUGAUUUUUUCUGUUGUCAAGAUUAGUACACUAUUGUUGUAUUUGUACUGAAUACAUGACCAUAAUAAUCAACAUUACACACAAGGUCGCCCUCAGGUGGAAGCUAAAUGAAAUGUACAUCACUUGGUAUGGACUAAUUGCCCCCAUGUCCUGGACACCAGGCCACAUCAACAAGAUCUCAUUUAAAGGCUGAAGACAUGAUUCUUUCCUACCAACCAGUGUUCCAUUUCAUUCACCUUCCACCUGCAGGGUUUCCGCCAGAGGGGGGGAUGGGGGAUUCAUCCCCCCUAAAAUAUUUCAAGGGGGGAUAUCCCCCCCUUAAUUUUGAGCACUAAAGUUUGUUUUACUGUCAAAUGAGUAAUUUUCAUGAUUUGAUAUGUAAAAUAAGAGCAUUUGGGAGCCAAUUGUAGCGGUUUUAGGGCCAAAAAACGUCUCAGGAGGGGUCAUAUACCUUUUUUAAGAAAAACCAAAAUUUUUUUGCUCCCCUCAAAUUUAAUCUUGGCGGAAACCCUGACCUUCGUGCGAGCUUGUGGGGAAUGUUGAUUGUGAUGGUCAAAUCCAAGUAUUGACCUGUACUUGAUGUUGUAUGAUACUUCUGAAUCUGUAAUCGUUUGUCAAUAUAAUAGACCUACCUUCCUUACUGACCCACCUACAUCUACCUCUGGUUCAGACGUCAUGAAAUCAAGUAGGAAGCAUAGCUUUAUUCAGCUAGACUGUCAUUGCGUAUACUGAUCCUCAAUACAUGUAACUUAUAAAAGACAUAUUUAAAAUGAUGUAACUGAAAGUCAUCAACAAGUUCUAAUAACUAGCGUUAUCCUAAUAUGAAAUACAUGUGUGUAAAUAGUGUAAGAUAUGGGUGUGUGUACAUGUAGUAUUUUAGAUUAAUCUGGAAUUGUAGAAGUGUUUUUCAGAUAUUGUUAUAGUUUACAAAUGUACGAAGAUUCUGUGGAAUGAGGGGCCAUUCACAGUGUAUGCAUGAAAACCCCAAUUUUCAGACUAGGAGAGGGGCUACCCUAUGUGCAGGUGGGACCGAAAUUCUCAGAUGCCCUUCUCUCACUCAUGCGCACAUACUGGAACCCAGCAAUUCUUUAUGACAACAUCUAUUUGCUGUUGCCUGCCAGAACUUAACAUAACAUGCGUGUACAUUAUGUGAAACAGCGGGGACCGUAAUGCGGGAUGUAUCGAUGAGUAGUGUGACAUUUUGCAAAUUAGGUCAGAGUGCAAAAUCCGCAUGAAUUGUUUGGGUUACAUUACUUUAUCAGUGCUCCCUUACGUGUUACAUGUGUUAUCUGAUUGUAGUCUGUUUGGUUUUGUAAAUCUGGCUGUAUGUAAAACACGAAUUUGUUGAAAAAGAGUCUCUUUAAGGGAUACUCUGUUCGUAAUAACUGGUGGUCCAGGAAAAUAGAAAUGCAGUUAUACACAAUUGCUGUCUUGCAUGCCUCGUGGCUGAAACUUGGCAUCUAGAGUAUUUGUAUAUCUCUGCACAAUGGCAAUGUUGAAAUUUAUAUUCCUUGCGUGUUAAAAAUUAACUGGGUUGAUGUUCACAACAGUUGAACAUCGAUUUGAAAACAACUCAAUACUCAAUUUGAUUGGUGUGCUAAAAAUAUUUUGAAUGACAAAAUAUGCAUGUGUAAUUGGACCUUAGAUAUUUAAAGAAUUAUGAGAAAAGUGUAUUGUAUAUACAUGCAAAAGUAGGCCAGCAAUUUUGUUACAGCUAAUACCAGGCCCUUGUCGUGUAAAACAAGUUAGACCCUAACUUGGCGUUCACUUUAACAUGAUGUAAAGUCUAAUUUGCUAACUGAGGGAGAUGACAGCACCAUCAAAUUAAAGUCAACGCCAACAUAAUGAUUCACUUGUUUUCAAUAACCAGGCCUAGAUAAAUCAAUAUUUAAAUAAGUUUGAUUGGCAAUACAUAUCAUAUCCUGUCAUUAGCUUAAGUAGUUGUGCUUGUAGGCCUAUAAUACAGUGCUGCCAACCCAUCAGUGCUUUCAGUAGUCCUGCAAUUUGUCAAAAUGUGUCAAAUAUGUACUGAAAGUUACUAAAAAUUUCCUUCAAUUAUCCAUUUUGAGUACUGAAGACUUGCAAAAGUACUGAGAAGUACAAAUAUUUCGGUCGAAAUUUUGAAAAAAGGCAACAUUUUGGGAAUGGCCCCUGAUACACCUCCCACAUACAGGGUUGGCAACUCUACUAACAGUUUGUAAUUUUGUAAUUUCUUUUCUUAAUACUGAGUAAACCAGAUCCUAAAAACUGUGAAAUGUAUUUAGAGAGUAAAUCUUGGCUGGUAAUCUACGACUGGAGUACAGAAAUACAAUUGGUGUGGUUUAGCAAGCUUACGUUUUAUGUUGACGAGUGUGGGUGGCUAUGUCAUGACGUCAAAAUUGGCAAAUAUGCCAUCUUUUGACGUGAGGAUUCCCAUGCAGUUCAAAAUGCUGUUGAUUUAUCUCUCAAGUUUGGUCAGUUUUCAAAGCUUUCUUGUUGAACAUGUUGACGUAUAACCUCAGAUAGGAAAUGAACCAAUAUAUCGCUGUGGUAAAUUCUAAGCUGUCCACUGUUGACAAAGGUUGAAGUUUGAGCUUUGAAAAUGUGAGCUUGUAAAACCUCACUGAUACAUCAUAUUCGAACAAUGACUAAUUAUUUGGAAGAACUUUUACUAUAGUCGACACUUUUCUGGGACACCCUGUACUUGUAUAUAAAGGCGUUUCGUUUUUGUUGUAGAUUGUGGUCUUUGUAUAUUUUGCUAAUCAUCGAAUUAUAAUCUGCAAUAAAAAUAAGUUUUGAUA